CAUAACUCAGAGAACCAGGGAAAAGACAUGAAUUUCUACAACCAGUCCAACACCCAGGUGGUAGUCACCACCACUGCCAUGAGUCAAAAGGCUGGGGAAUGGAGCACCGACAUCUGUGGCUGCUGCUCUGAUAUGAACACCUGUUGCUUCGGAUGUUGGUGUUUCCCCUGCAUGCAAUGUCAGACAGCCAGUAAACAUGGAUGGUGCUGCGGCAUGCCACUGCUGGACUGUUGCUGUGUGGUGUCCUGCUUACUGCGCAAUUCUGUCAGAGAGCGCUACAACAUCCCUGGCUCUUGCUGUGAUGACUGCUGCAAAAUAUUCUGGUGUUAUCAUUGUGUCUGGUGCCAGAUGAAUCGUGAGCUGAAGAUCAGGGAAAACCAGCAGCCUGCCAAUACGACAGUGGUCACCACGCAGGUCUUCAGUAGAUAAUAUGCAAUCAUUUUAGCUGUGUGUUGAGUGGAUAUGAUAGUUAAUAAUUUUUGUUAUUAAUUUUUCAAACAGUAUUAAUUGUUCAGCACCAAAAGGGUUUGUACUCUGCAAUAUGUAAAUAUUUUAAAAAUAAAAUUCAGCUUGAAUUUCAUAGUUUUAGAUUUAAUGUUAAAACAAGAUGUUCCGAGUGUAGUUAGCAUACUGGGUAUUUAUUAUCAGGAAAACCUUUUUACUCUGGCCAAUAAAAUCUGUGUCAUUUAACAUGCUUGUUGUCAUUGGAACUUUUCCAAGUUCAAUUUAAUCUGUGCUAAAAGAAAAACCAAUAAAAAAAACUUUGUGCUUAUGCAA